UUAGUUAAUUAAAAAGGUAUGCUUUAGAUUUUUUUCUCCCCAAAGGAUUUCGAAAACAAACACCAAAAAGUAGACUACUAUGCAUGAGAGAUGUAUGUCCCCGCCUUCUCUUUUCCUAUUGGCUCAUGGUUUUACCAUCGAUUAUUCAGACCAAUCAAGCGUCGGUUCUGUGGACCAAUGAGACUCAAACCGGAAGUAAAACGACAGAAGUCACGUUAGUAAACACUGCAGCGAGUUUAUCAGAAAUAGAAGGCAAGUUUACAUUUUAAUUGAGUUUGCCAUUACGCAUGUACAGUGUGACGUCAUAUCUAACCACUUGUCUCGAUGCUGCUGAUGUCAAACGAUUCCCCAGCUUCUUCUACUUGAUCAAACGUGUCAUCGAUUAACUUUGUUUAGCCAAGUGGUAAAAGUUCACAUGCAUGGAGGUGCGGGAGAUAGAGAAGUGGUGCUGUGUCGUCCAGGUGCUCGACGCCUUUUCUUCGGAGAAACCCGCGAGCUGCAGCGGGGUCAUCGUCCACCGUCAAACCGGAACAGUGAUCUGCUCGGGCGUCCCGUUCGCCCGGUUCGCCACCGACAAACGGUCCCUCUCCUCGGACCACGGCUUCCUGUCGCCGCACAGCUUCAGCGACACACUCAAGAUCCGCGUCAGCUUUCCCACCGAGCGAGAUGCGUCCCCACCCUCCGCGUGCGAGACGUCACGGCACCGGGAGGUCACGGCCGAGCUGCUGAUGCUGGUCAGCUGCCCAGAGUUCAAACGCGCUUUCCGGGCAGUUUUCCAAGAGACUGACAGGUGGCGUUUCCACGCGGACAAGGAGGAGGAGGAGGAGGAGGAGGACGAUGAGCUGAUGGGAGACGCUCUGUCCCUCAGCUGGUUCGCGGUCCUCAAGGCGAACGUGGGUGCAGCCGGUGGUCCCGACGCGGGAGGGGUCGUCGUACCCUGGCGCGGCGGCUCGUCGCUGCGCAAAGGCCUCCCGGUGGUGGCGUGCGGCUCGCCCUUCGGCUCCCUCUGCGUGGACCUCUUCGGCGCCAGCCUCAGCGCGGGCAUCCUCAGCAACCUGUGCGGGGAGGGCAACGCGGUCAUCCUCACGGACGCGCGGUGCUUGCCCGGCGCGGAGGGCGGCGGGUUGUUCGCGGCCGAAGCUCCGGACGACGCGCGUCUCCUCGGGCUGAUCGUGUCCCCGUUCGGUUGGAAGGCGAACGAGUGGAUCGGCCUCACGCUGGCCUGCUCGGUCGACGUCAUCUUCAGGAGCGUCGCGCGCUGCCGCGGCGUCGGGGACCCACUGCGAGGCGUUUGGCCCGACCCGAGGGAGGCGGGUCCCCUCGCGGUUCCGUGCGGGACGAGAGGUGCGAGAGGCCCCGCUGUGUGCUUCGUGGACAGCGGGGCGUUCUGGGGCUCAGGGGUCGUCGUCGCCCCUCGGUUGGUGGUGACCUGCCGCCACGUCGUCAACGGGAGGUCAAAAGUCGGCCUGAAGUUCCACCACGGGGACAGAGUCCAAGAUGUCUCGGGUGAUGUGCUGUUUGCUACCAAUGCCGCAUCCUCCUAUGAUUUGGCUUUGGUAAAGCUGAGGGACUCUGUCACAGAGGCUGUCGUCCCUUGCAUGACUCAGAGUUACAAUCCAGGCGAAUCUGUACUGGUUGUGGGAUACGGUGGCUUGGGUCGGAAAUGUGGUCCGUCCCUGACCCGCGGUGUCCUCUCCAAAACCAUCCGCUUCAACGACCAGCCUGUCAUGCUUCAGACCACUUGUGCAGUACAAGCAGGAACCAGCGGGGGCGCUGUGGUGCGGACACGCACUGGAGAGCUGCUGGGGAUUGUGUCCAGCAACACGAGGGACUUUGCUGCCAAAGUGACCUACCCACACCUGAACUUUAGCAUCCCAGUGGCUGUCUUCCAGAGAUUGUUGCAGCGUUUUCACCAGACAAAGGACGUUAAUGUGUUCAGCGUGUUGGAUAGCACGGAUAAAGAAGUCAGCAGAGUGUGGAGGCUGCAGAGCGCGCAAAGCAAACUAUAAGACCCCUGCAGCUUGAGAUAUGCUGGAGAAACCAAUAUGGAUUGUAUGUAUAAUCAUAUGAAAUACUAUAAAAUUAGUAAUUUAUUAGAUUAAUAUCUAAUGUUGAUACUCUGUUAUGCAGUAUUGUUAAAUAUUGACGUUUAACUGACUUUAAUACCAGCUCAGAUUGUUUUAUUAAUUGUGUCAAUAAGAUGGUUCUUACUGGUGACA